UGCAGUAUGAUCACGAACUUCCUGUGUUAAACCGUCAGCUGACUGAGAACUCUUACAAAACCAGUGUUUGCUGACAGCAUGGGGAUUUAAGAGUGCUCUCACUCACUCACUCAGUGGCUCUGUCAUCAAUUUGACUCAUCAAGCGGGUUAAUGCUGAAUAUAAUAUUUACAUCAGUUUCCUGUCUUUUAACGCCAUGCAUGACGAGACCGAAAGCGAUGAAAAAAUAUCACGCAGUGCCUGGUGGCCCUCUUGGCGUCCAACUUCACUUUCCCUCUUGAAGAACACCGAGACGAAAAUCUUAGAUCGUGUCCAGAAUGAUCUGUGGGCUCGUUUUGUCUCCCUGCCGACUCAGGACAGAAUCUGGACUCUCACAGUUACUCAUAAAAGUCGCAGGGACGCUCCAAAAUCAUGCUCGCGGACUCCGCUGGUGAUGGUACACGGCUUCGGAGGAGGCGUGGGUCUGUGGAUCAGGAACCUGGACCCUUUAUGUCGAUCGCGUCCAGUCUUUGCCUUUGACCUGCUGGGAUUCGGACGCAGCUCUCGUCCUCACUUCCCACUGGACCCCGCCCAGGCCGAGCAGCAAUCUGUCAUCUCUAUUGAACACUGGAGGCGGGCACUGGGCCUGGAAAAAAUUAUCCUAUUGGGUCACAGCUUAGGGGGUUACCUGGCAACGUCCUAUGCCAUACAGUAUCCUGAGAGAGUUCGUCACCUGAUCCUGGUGGACCCCUGGGGUUUCAAGCCUGUGCCUCCUGAGGGAGUGGCAAGUCUGGGGUGCCCACGCUGGGUGGAGAUCAUCAUAGCCAUGGCAUCGUUCUUUAACCCUUUGGCUGUGGUCCGGGCCACUGGGCCAUGGGGUCCAAAGUUAAUCAGUCGAGUUCGACCAGACUUCAAGAGGAACUUCGAGGAGCUUUUUCAAGACGAUACCAUUAUGGAAUACAUCUAUCACUGCAAUGCUCAGAGUCCCAGUGGUGAGGUUGGGUUCAGAGCCAUGUCCGUCUCCCUGCUUUGGGCCAAGAGGCCCAUGCUGGACCGAGUUCACCUCUUGCCCCCUGACCUCCCAGUGACCCUGGUGUACGGAGGCCAGUCGUGGAUGGACAGUGCGACAGGAGAGCAAGUAGCCCGGCUCAGGCCGAACAGCUACACACAUACAGUGGUUAUUGAAGGAGCUCCUCAUCAUGUUUAUGCUGAUAAGCCUGAUGCUUUCAAUGCUGUGGUGCAGAGCAUCUGUGACACUGUGGAUUAAACUCUGUGUGUGUGUGUGUGUACAGUUUAUUACUUUAAUGAUCAAUGUCACAUUUCCCUUUUUAAAUAAAUGUUCAUCACAUGA